CCAGCCUCUGUCAAGCUGCCUCACAGCAGACUGGGUCAGUUCCAGUUCCUGCUGCAGGAAGUGACCGUGUCUCUCUGAGUGUGUUUGUGUCCCAGCUGAAACUCCACCAUGAGUAAGAAGGCGUUAGUGAUCCUGGCUGCAGGUGCAGAGGAGAUGGAGACCGUCAUUCCUGUGGACAUCAUGCGGAGAGCUGGGAUUUCAGUCACAGUUGCGGGACUGACUGGUAAAGAUCCAGUUCAGUGCAGCAGAAACGUGGUCAUCUGUCCUGACGCCAGCCUGGAGGAGGCCAUCAAACAGGGCCCUUAUGAUGUGGUGUUUCUUCCAGGAGGAAUGCCAGGGGCAAAGUAUCUGGCAGAGUCUCCUGCGGUGAAGGAGGUGCUGCAGGAACAAGAUGGCAGGAAAGGUCUGAUCGCAGCCAUCUGUGCAGGUCCCACUGCUCUUCUGGCACAUGGCAUUGGCUACGGCAGCACUGUCACUACGCAUCCUGCCAUGAAGGAGAAAAUGAUGGCUGGAGACCACUAUAAAUAUUCGGAGGCUCGUGUGCAGAAGGAUGGCCACUACAUCACCAGCCGCGGGCCAGGAACCAGUUUUGAGUGCGCACUGGCAAUUGUAGAGGAACUUCUGGGGGCUGAGGUGGCAGCUCAAGUCAAGGCUCCACUUAUUUUGAAGGACUGAAAGUAGCUGUGUGUUCAUUUUACAUCCUGCAAGUCGCGCUUCCUGCUGCACAAGUGUGCCACUACUGAGACAGCAGAUCCUGUGUAGCAUGGUGCAAUGACUCAAAGUCACUAGUCACAAAUCACUCUGCCCAGAGAAUAAAGGUGUUUCUGCUCUGACA